AUAUAUAAUGAUAUCUGAGAAUGAGAGUACACGAGUGUUGUUGGUGAUAGUGUAGAAUCCUUAAUCAAUAAUCUUACCUCAUUCUUUGUUCUAUCGAUAUUUUUCAAAUUAUGGGGAAGUGAAUAAGAUAUUAAUAUUUGAGAAAGGAAAGUUGUGGAAAUGUUUUAUAGAGAUGGCUAGUUUAUAAUAAGCAAAGAUAUCAUAGUAAUAAUUGAAUGGUUGUUAAUUGUAUGAGUAAACAAUAAUGAAUGUGUAAAUAAUGUAAAAUGAUUAAUAGUUAUUAUUCGACUUUACAGAGUGUUACAUUUCUGAAUAACAAUUCUGGAGGUGUAGAUUAUAAGUAAAUGAAACAGAGAAAUUCAACAAGGAAUGUGAAUAUUUAUGAAUAAUAUGAGAAUUAUCCAAAGACAUAGAGUUAACCUUUAAUAAGUCAAUAGGAUACUAGAUUGAGUGUAGUUAGUUUUGGAAAUGAGAGAACAAGAGCUAGUUUAAAUGAUAAAUAAGAUUAUUAGGAUAAUAAAAAUGAAUGGGAACCUUCAAAAAUAUAAACAUCGCUGGAAUUUAUAGAUGAUAAUAAUGAUUCUCCAAGAAAUAGAUAAUAAUAUGCAUCUUUUAAAUCAAUAUAAGUUGAUGAUAGUGAACAUGAUUUGAUAGAUGAAGAUAUAAUGUAAGCAUUUUCAUCUGAAAAGAAUACUUAUUUAAAUUCUUAUAUGUUUUCUAUACCUGAAGUAGAAGAUAAGGUAAAGAAUUAAGAUAUUGAUCCAUAUACAUAUGUAUCACCAUAAUUCUUAAGAGAGAAUCAACCUUCUAAAGUUGUUUAUAUGAGAGGGUUGAUGAAUUUAAAUAUUACUGCAUUAAAUAUAUUUAAUUUGUUAUCUAAUUUUGGAAAUGUGUUAGUAAUAAUUCAUAUUAAGAAUAAAACAUCAGCUUUAGUGUAAUUUGAGAAAUUAUCUCAUGCUGAAAAUGCAUUGGAUCAUCUUAACAAUUAAGUAUUCUUUGGAUAUAAGUUAAAGAUCUUCUAUUCAAAUUAUUAAGAGAUAUAAUUUCCUUUACCAUUUUAAUCACCUUAAACUUAAGUUUUUAUGCCUGUUCCAUCGUAAUUUAGAUUUAGUGAUGGAAAAUCAAUAUCAUUUAAUCCACCAAGUUAAAUUUUACAUUUAAGUAAUAUAAAAGGCAAGAUGUGUGAAGAUGAAUCAUAUAUUAAAGAUCUUUUUAAAGGAAUAGGUUAUGUUUAAGCAAUCAAAUUUAUACAUAUUGAUAAGUAAGAGAUAUAUUUUUUAAUUCUAUAGAUAAAAACAUAUGGCAUUAGUAAGAUUAUCAUCUUUAGAGGAAGCAUUGAAUGGAGCAUCUUUACUUCACGGAAAAGAAGUAAUGGGCAGAAAAAUCAAUGUUUCAUUUACCAAAAGUAAAUUAUGCUGAAAUUUAACAGAGUCAGCUUUUGCUCAAGUAUUAU